CAAACAUUCUCGAGGGUUUUGAUAGUCCAAAGAGGUCCUACACAAUAUUUUGAAAGCUUUCGGACGGCUGUGCUGGAUGAGCUUGGAUCGAACAAGGAGCCAUGGCGAAAUCUAAAAGCGCCUUCAAGAAGGAGCAUCCUCUUGAGAAGAGGAAGGCAGAAGCUGCAAGAAUUCGCGAGAAGUAUCCUGACAGGAUUCCCGUCAUUGUGGAGAAGGCCCCACGCGGCGACAUACCAGAAAUAGACAAGAAAAAGUACCUCGUCCCAGCAGAGCUUCCUGUAGGCCAGUUCGUCUUUAUAAUUCGCAAGAGGAUAAAGCUUCAUCCGGAGAAGGCAAUAUUUGUUUUCGUAAAUUCUGUGCUACCACCCACAGCCUCACUGAUGUCAGCUAUCUACGAAGAGCACAAAGACCCUGAUGGAUUUCUGUAUAUGACAUAUAGUGGAGAGACUACCUUUGGGCGAGGUGGAUGAUGUGGUCGGCGCAGUACUUCUUAUCUUAUGUAGUAUAUUGUACAGUUGUUCCUUUUGAUAGAAUACUAGAAUGAUUAGAAACGAGAGAAAACAAGGGAGAUCUAGGGUUUGGGUUGUACUUUAAGAACACACCUGUCCUAGCCUAAAACUUUGAGAGGCAGGGAUCCGAAGACUAGUCAGCAAGAGUACAAACAAGACAGGAGCAAACCAGGGUGG